AUGCCAGAGGACAAAGAAGCUGAGAGAAGAACAGGGAACAACGAGUAUCUCUUUGACAUUGGGAACAAAUAUGACAACACUUUAGCUGAAGGGAUGUCGAAGCUAAUGCCAGGGAUGGAGAAAGAAGAAGAAGAUGGUGCUGCUCACCGAAUCUGUAUGCGCAGAACGUGUCAGUAUGACCAUGAAGACAAGAGGAUCCCUCACGUGAUGCUGUUUGCGAUGGACAAUAUACCUCCGUUUCAAGAACUCACUUACCAUUACAAUUACAUGAUCGACCUCUAUUAA